AUGGUCCCAGAGGCAAACGUCAGUGUGGCAAACGGCCCCGUGCCCUGGGAGAGCCUCUUCCCUCUGGUGGGGCUGGCGCCAGCCAACGGCAGCCAGGGGGAGGUGCUGCUUCUGCCCACCUUCUCGGCCGCCGCCCUGGCUCGCGUGGUCAUCACCCUGGUGCUGUGCGUGGUCUCCACCGCCAGCAACGUGGCUGUCCUGUGGGCUGGCCUGGGCAGGAAUGGUGCCAGGAGGCGCUCCCACGCCCGGGUCCUGCUUCUCCACCUGGCCGGGGCAGACCUGCUGGUGGCUCUGGUGGUGAUGCCGCUGGACGCGGCCUGGAACAUCACUGUGCAGUGGCGGGCGGGGGACGUGGCCUGCCGCCUGCUCAUGUUCCUCAAGCUCCUGGCGAUGUACGCCUCGGCCUUCAUCACCACCCUCAUCAGCCUGGACCGCCAAGCCGCCAUCUUGCACCCGCUGGCCCUUGCGGAGGCUGGUCGCAGGAGUCAGGUGUGGCUGCAGGCAGCAUGGCUCCUGAGCGCAGGCCUCUCUGUGCCGCAGCUCUUCCUCUUCCGCACGGUCACCGUCCGCUCCCCACAGAACUUCACCCAGUGCUCCACCCGGGGCGCCUUUGCCCAGCGCUGGCAGGAGGCCGCCUACAACAUGCUCACCUUCUCCUGCCUCUUCCUGCUCCCGCUGCUGGUCAUGGUCGCCUGCUACUCGCGGAUCCUGCUGGAGAUCUCCCACCCCACGGGGUCCCCCAGCGACCCAUCUGCUCCGGAGCUGCCUUUGCGUCGGUCACGCAACCCCAUCCCACGGGCUCGGCUGCGCAUGCUGCGCCUCAGUGUGGCGAUUGUGGGCUCCUUUGUGGUCUGCUGGACUCCCUACUACUUGCUGGGGCUGUGGUACUGGUUCUGGCCGGCAGCCAUGGAGGGCGCUGUGCCCCAUUCUCUCGCCCACCUCCUCUUCAUCUUUGGGCUGCUGAACGCCUGCCUGGACCCCAUCACCUACGGGCUCUUCGCCAUGCCCUUGUUCCAGAGGCUGCGGGGCUGCUGCCGAGCAGAUGGACCGGGGCCCCAGUCUCGGCCUCCCUCCCCCAUCACAGGCUCCUUCCGCUGUUCAGCAUCCACUGUUGGUGCCAGAUGGCCCACCCCACACCUUGGCCUCCUGGAGUCAGCCAAGCCUUCCCAUGCCUGGACUACGGACCCGAUUCGUGGCAGCUGCUUAUGA